AUGGCGUCACCCAGGACCGUCAAGGAAGUUCAAAAACUCAUAGGAAGGAUAGCAGCUUUGAACAGGUUCGUCUCCAGGUUUACGGACAAAUGCCUGCCCUUUUUCAAGACCUUGAAACAGGCUUUCGCCUGGACCGAUGAAUGUGAAGCUGCGUUCCAGGAACUAAAGCGAUACCUGAGCAGUCCACCCCUCUUAAGCCCGUCCAAAGAAGGGGAGAACCUAUACUUAUACCUGGCGGUUUUAGCCUCGGCAGUAAAUGCAACCCUGAUCAGAGAAGAGGGCACGAAGCAGCUCCCAGUUUAUUAUGUCAGCCAAGCCUUCCAAGGAGCUGAGUCCAGGUACCCAAGAAUCGAAAAGAUCGCGUUUGCACUAAUAGUAGCCUCGCACAAGCUAAGGCAAUACUUCCAAGCAAACCCCAUUCUCGUAAUGACGGACCAACCAAUCAAGAAAUCAAUGAACAAGCCCGAAGUAGCAGGAAGAAUGGUCCAGUGGGCGAUUGAACUGAGUCAAUUUGACAUUGAGUACCAUCCCAGAACGGCGAUCAAGGCGCAAGCUCUGACGGACUUCAUCACAGAGUUCACUCUUUCAGACGAAGACGGAAUUACCGACGAGGUAGAUAGAUGGACAAUACAAACUGAUGGUUCAUCAGCCCAGAGGAAGGGGGGAGUAGGGGUCGUCAUAACCACCCCCGACGGAGAAGUGCUGAAAUAUGGGGUCCAACUGAAAUUUUCGGCUACCAACAAUGAAGCUGAAUACGAAGGGAUACUGACGGGAUUAAGGCUUGGGAAGGCACUUGGAGCUAAGAACCUGUUAGUCCAAAACGAUUCAAAACUAGUAAUCGGGCAGAUUAGAGGGGAGUAUGAAGCAAAAGAAGAAAGAAUGCAGAAGUACCUCAGGCUGACGAAACAUUUAGCUCAGGAAUUCGAUACGGUGGAGUUCGUGCAAAUCCCAAGAAGCCAGAAUAUGGGGGCAGACGAAGUCUCGAAGCUAGCGUCGUCAAUAAAAGAAGAGAGUAGCAUGGAUUUGACGAUGGAGAUCCAGAAACACCCCAGUAUUGAAGAGGUCUCGACAUUUACCAUCCAUUGCGUAAACAGCUGGAUGACGCCCAUAAUAUCCUUCCUUCAGGACGGGCACCUCCCUCAGAACACAGAAGAAGCUAAGAAGGUCAGGAAGAGGGCAGCCAGGUUCACGAUCCUUAAUGACGCCUUAUACAAGAGGGGCUUCUCCAUGCCUUAUUUGAAGUGUGUCGACGAAGAAGAAGCUAGAUACAUACUGGAAGAAAUCCAUAGAGGAGUUUGUGGCGACCACGCUGGUCCCAGAUCACUAGUGAAAAAGGUAAUAUGGAUAGGAUCUUUCUGGCCAACUACGCAGGUGGACGUUUCUGAGAUCGUCAAGAAGUGCGACAAGUGCCAACGAUACGGGAACGUGCAACGGCUUCUAGCGGAGAAAUUGACGACCAUAUCCUCCCCGUGGCCAUAUGUACAAUGGGGGAUUGACAUCGUCGGCCCACUACCGCAAGGUAAAGGUCAGGUCUAG